CUCGCACCUGCUGUCAAUACAAAGGAUAAAAAUGCCGACAACUUCAAGCAAGGCAACAACGCGGGCCAUUGCAGGUCCGUAGCUGCCACGCAUGCUCUCUCUCUCUCCUUCUCAUCAUUGGCAUGACACUGCUCUUUUUGUGUCUGUGAACAAAUUCAAACUGGUAUAAGACUACAGAAAAGUUGGAGCAUGUUUCACCUCAUUAAGAAAGACAAGGAGAAGGACUUGGGCAAGAAGGAGAAGAAGGAGAAGAAGGAGAAGAAAGAGUGCAUGUCCCAGGCAGAGUUGAAGAGCCUGGAAGAGAUGAGCAUACGUAGAGGCUUCUUCAACCUCAAUCGGGGGAGCUCAAAGAGGGACUUGAGGAGCAAGUUGGAGAUCUCUAGUCCGAUCCCUAUCAAGGUAUCGACCAACAUGGAGCUCAGCCUGAUGGACCUGAAGGCCGAGCGCCUUCACAACCCGGGGCAAGAUGUUGGGCAAAUAAGUGCAAGUAUCUCUGGCGAAGACAUGAGGGGAAACGAACUGGACCGUCAUGGCAGAUCUGUGAAGGAGAGAGCAGCUAAGUUUGGGGAAUUGGCCAGGGUGAAUUCUGUGGUCGGCCAGAAGCAUGUGUCCUUUUCCCAGAAGGUCAACAGGGACGACACUUCGGAGGCUUCAGAUCUUGCUGGGGAGAACUCCACGACGUAUUUCAAGUCCCACUCCAGCCCAAAAGGCACCUACACGGUUGGCAUUCCUGAGCUGGUGGAAAAGACCUUCCCGGGCGCAGACCUGCAGUUGCCUGUGCUCGUUGCUCCACCAAUACCAAAUCCAAGAGAGCUGGAGCUGCAGCGGCGCAACACCGGGGAUUUUGGCUUCUCUUUGCGCAGGACCACCAUGCUAGACAGGCUGCCCGAUGGAGGAGUGUGUCGGCGGGCGGUGCACUUUGCCGAACCGUGUGCCGGGACCAAGGACCGGGCUCUGGGCCUGGUGCCGGGGGACCGGCUCGUGGAAAUCAACGGCAUCAACGUGGAGAACAAGAGCAGGGAUGAGAUCGUGGAGAUGAUCCGCCAGUCUGGAGAGACGGUCCGGCUGAAGGUGCAGCCGAUUCUGGAGCUGAGUGAGUUGAACAGCAGAUGGCUGAGGGCCACCGAGGGCCCCCACAACGACGUCCUCGAUUCCAAGCCGGUUGAGGACCCCGUGGCCAUCCUUCAGGCAGCACACUCGGCUGCAGCUAAGGGAAAGACUGAGGAGCAGAUAACGGCAGAGAGAGCCUGGUAUAACACAGAGAGAGUAUGGCUUGUCCACAAGGAUGGAUUUUCCAUGGCAACUCUCCUGAAGACGGAGGCGGGCAGCCUGCCAGAGGGGAAGGUGAAAAUCUGCCUGGAAAGUGACGGGUCUUUAUUGGAUGUGGAUGAAGACAAUGUGGAGAAGGCAAAUCCGCUGAUGUUUGACCGGGUGGAGGACCUGGCCUCUCUGCAGUAUUUGAACGAGUCCAGCGUGAUGCACUCCUUGAGGCAGCGGUAUGGCGGUAACCUGGUGCACACCCAUGCUGGGCCUAACAUGGUGGUCGUCAACCCCAUUAGCGCCCCUUCAAUGUACUCUGAGAAGGUGAUGCAAAUGUUCAAGGGCUGCAGACGGGAGGACACUGCCCCUCACAUUUACAGCAUGGCCCAGGCUGCCUAUAGGAACCUGCUGACCACUCGACAGGAUCAGUCCAUCGUCCUGCUGGGCAAGAGUGGAAGUGGCAAGACCACCAACUGUCAACACAUCAUCCAAUACCUGAUCACCAUUGCUGGCAGCACCAACAAAACAUUCUCCACAGAGAAAUGGCAGGCGGUCUUCACAGUUUUGGAAGCUUUUGGGAAUGCCUCUACCUGUAUGAAUGGGAAUGCCAGUCGCUUCUCCCAUAUUGUUUCCAUGGACUUUGACCAGGCAGGCCUGGUCACCUCAGCCUCUAUACAGACCAUGCUUCUGGAGAAGAUGAGGGUGUCAAGAAGACCAGGGGGAGAGUCCACUUUUAAUGUCUUUUACUACCUGAUGGCUGGACUCGACAGCUCUCUUAGAACGGAGCUGCACCUGAACCACUUUGCUGAACACAAUGCAUUUGGAAUCAUGCCUCAGACAAAGACGGAGGAUAAGCAGCGGGCCUCCCAGCUGUUUUCCAAGCUGCAAGCAGCCAUGAAGGUUCUGGGGAUCAGUGGUGACGAGCAGAGGGCUUUCUGGCUCAUCCUCGGGGCCAUCUACCAUCUUGGGUCUGCAGGGGCUUCCAAGGCUGGCAGGAAACAAUUUGCACGUCAUGAGUGGGCUCAGAAGGCAGCCUACCUGCUGGGCUGCACUCUGGAGGAGCUCUCCUCCUCCAUCUUCAAGCACCAGGCCAAGGGCACCCUGCCCAGAGCCAGCUCCAUCCGCCAGGCUUCGGACGAAAAUGGCUCGGCAGAUGCAGCGGGAUCCAAAGCCACGGCGAUGGACUGUUUAGAGGCCAUGGCGUCGGGGCUUUACUCGGAACUCUUCACAACCCUCAUCUCUUUAAUAAACCGGGCCUUGAAAUCCAGCCAGCACUCCCUAUGCUCUCUGCUCAUUGUGGACACGCCGGGCUUUCAAAACCCCAGGCUGGCGAAGCGCGAGUGCGGCGCAACCUUUGAGGACCUAUGCCACAACUACACUCAAGAACGCCUGCAUUCCCUCUUCUACCAGCGCACCUUCGUUCAGGAGUUGGAGAGAUACAAAGAGGAGAACAUCGAGCUUGCUUUCGAUGACACGGAGCCCAGCACCUCCCUGUCUGUCGCUGUGGUAGACCAGGCCUCAAGCCAAGCGCUGGUACGGGCGGUGCGACCGGAUGAGGCCCGGGGCCUGCUGUGGCUGAUGGAGGAGGAGGCGCUGCAGCCCGGGGGCUCAGAGGAAACCCUGUUGGGACGUCUCUUCAGCUACUACGGACCUGCUGAGGGCGAGAGCAAAGGGCACACUUGCCUACUGAAGAGUGAAAAGGAUCAUCAUUUCCUGCUGGGCCACAGUCACGGGACUGACUGGGUGGAGUACGAUGCCUGCGGGUGGCUGAACUACGCCAAGCCGAAUCCUGCAUCGACCAACGCUGCACGCCUGUUGCAGGACUCCCAGAAGAAGCUCAUCAGCUCGUUGUUCACGAGCCGUGCGGCUGGAGCCACUGUGCUGUCUGGGUCCAUUGCGGGCCUCGAAGGCGUUUCCCAGCUGUCCUUGCGACGGGCCACCAGCAUGAGGAAGACCUUCACCACGGGGGUGGCUGCCAUCAAAAAGAAGUCCUUGUGCAUCCAGAUAAAGCUUCAAGUGGAUGCUCUCCUUGACAUGGUGCGGAGGUCCAGGAUUCACUUUGUUCACUGCAUAUUGCCCAAGGCAGACGCCCUCAAGGCUCUGAGUGGAUCCCUGUUCAAAGGAGGGGAAUGUGAGGCUCAAGGGGAGACUGGAGAUCCCGGCUUAGUGCAGCUAGAUGUAGCCUUGCUCCGUGCUCAGCUGCGUGGCUCCAAGCUGCUGGAUGCUCUCCGGAUCUACAGGCAAGGUUACCCCGAUCACAUGGUGUUCUCCGAGUUUCGACGGCGCUUUGACGUGCUGGCACCGCACCUCACCAAGAAGCACGGGAGGAAUUACAUCGUGAAGGACGAGAAGAGAGCUGUGGAGGAGCUACUGGAGUCCUUGGAUUUGGAGAAGAGCAGCUACCACAUGGGUCUCAGUCGGUUGUUCUUCAGAGCCAGCACCUUGGCCAAGCUGGAGGAGCAGAGGGAUGAGCAGACCAAGUGUAAUCUCACCCUGUUCCAAGGCGCCUGUCGGGGAUACCUGGCACGGCAAGCCUUCAAGAAGAGGAAGAUUCAGGAUCUAGCGAUCCAUUGCCUCCAGAAAAACAUCAAGAAGAACCGCGGCGUGAAGGACUGGCCAUGGUGGAAACUCUUCACCGCAGUCCAGCCCCUCAUUAAGGUCCAGCUCACCGAGGAGCAGAUGCGAGGCAAAGACGAGGAGAUACAGCAGCAGAAAUCGAAGCUGGAGAAAGUGGAGAAAGAGAGAAAUGAGCUGAGACUGAACACGGAUCGAUUGGAGAGCAGGAUCUCAGACUUGUUGGCAGAACUGGCUGAUGAGAGAAGCACCAGUGAGUCAGCAUCCCAGUUGCUGGAGACAGAGACUUCAGAGAGACUACGCCUGGAGAAGGACAUGAAGGAUCUACAGGCCAAGUUUGGCGGCAUGAAGAAACAAUUAGAAUCACAAGAGAUGGAGGUGAUGGAAGCUCGGCUCAUGAAAACGACAGACUUCAACGGCGAGAUGGAUGACGACGACGACGCUGGAGGCGAGUGGCGGAUAAAAUACAACCGAGCCAUUCGUGAAAUGGAGUUCACCAAAAAAAAACUCCAUCAGGAGUUUGAUGAGAAGUUGGACACAGAGCAGCAGAGCAAAAGACAUCUCGAGAGAAGGCUGGCUGAUUUGCAGACAGAUAAUGAGGAUGUUCAGCGCUCUGUGCAGCAGCUGAAGAAGAAGUGCCAGAAACUGACGGCAGAGCUGCAGGACACUAAGCUUCACCUGGAGGGCUUGCACAGUCGCAACCAUGAUCUGGAGAAGAAACAGAGGAAAUUUGACCUGGAGCAGAACCAGGCUCAGGCUGAGGUACAAAGAGAAAGGAGUCAGAGGGAGAAGCUGGCUCGAGAGAAAGACUUAAUGACUGGUGAGAUGUUUAACCUCCGCCAGCAGCUGCAGGACAAGGACAUUGAAUUGUGCGCCGCAAAUAUAAAGGUGCAGCAGCUGGAGGUAGAGCUACAGGAUCUCUCUUCCCAAGAGUCGAAGGAUGAAGCCUCGCUGGCCAAAGUCAAGAAGCAACUUCGUGACCUUGAGGCCAAGGUGAAAGACCAGGAAGAGGAGCUGGACGAACAGGCUGGAACCAUCCAGAUGCUGGAGCAGGCUAAGCUACGGCUUGAGAUGGAGAUGGAGAGGCAGCGGCAGACCCACUCUAAAGAUAUUGAGAGUAAAGAUGAAGAGGUGGAGGAGAUCAGGCAUUCCUGCAGUAAGAAGCUGAAACAGAUGGAGGUGCAGCUGGAGGAGGAGUAUGAAGACAAGCAGAAAGUGUUGCGUGAGAGACGAGAGCUGGAGUCCAAACUGCUGAGCACCCAGGACCAGGGGAGCCAAAGGGAUGUGGAGACAGAGAAGAGGCUGAAGAAAGACCUGAAGAGAACCAAAGUCCUUCUGGCUGAUGCGCAGAUAAUGCUGGACCACCUGAAAAGUAACGCCCCCAGCAAGAGGGAGAUCGCCCAGCUUAAAAAUCAACUGGAGGAGUCAGAGUUCACUUCAGCUGCAGCAGUAAAGGCUCGAAAAAGCAUGGAGCUUGAAAUAGAGGACUUGCAUAUCCAAAUGGAGGAUGUGGUCAAAGCUAAGAUGUCGUUGGAUGAGCAGGUCAGCCGUCUGCAGAGAGAGAAGAAUGACCUGCAGUCUCGUAUGGAGGAGGAUCAGGAGGACAUGAAUGAGCUGAUGAAGAAACACAAAGCUGCAGUUGCCCAGUCUGCCAGGGACUUGGGCCAGAUCAGUGACCUGCAGGCGCAGCUGGAAGAGGCCACAAAGGAGAAGCAGGAGAUCCAAGAAAAGCUUCAUUCACUGCAGAGCCAGCUGGAGUUCCAAGAACAGUCCAUGGUGGGAAAGUCUCUUGUGUGCCGUCAGGAGGCCAAGAUCCGUGAGCUGGAGACCAAGCUGGAGUACGAGAGGACACAGAUCAAACGCUUGGAGAGUCUGGUGGGUCGUCUGAAGGACAACCUGGAAAAGUUGACGGAGGAGAAAAACCAACGCAUUGCUGCGGAAAACCGGGAGAAGGACCAGAAUAAGCGAAUGCAGAGGCAGAUAAGGGACAUGAAAGAAGAAAUGGGGGAGCUGUCCAAGAGGGAGGCCGAGGCCAGCCGGAAGAAGCACGAGCUGGACAUGGACAUCGAGAGCUUGGAGGCGGCGAAUCAGAGCUUACAGGUGGACCUCAAGCUGGCCUUUAAGAGGAUAGGUGACCUGCAGGCGGCCAUAGAGGACGAGAUGGCGAGUGAUGACAAUGACGACGUAAUCAACAGUUUGCAAGACAUGGUGACAAAAUAUCAGAAAAGAAAAAACAAAACUUUUUAUGCAGUGAAAGGAAUCUUUGUGGCACGUUGGAUCGUUUAAACCUUCAUCAGAGCGGAGUGAAGAGAUGUAGGCUUCAGUUUGUGGUGGCUAAACCUGCCAAUAAUUUCCCGCUUUAACCUCUGAUUGCUUCUUCACAGAGACAUGACAUUGCCCUCUUUAUACGCCGGUUUCUAUUUUAUUUUAUUUUCAUCCGUUUUUCAUCAGACAACCUGUAUGUAUCGAUGCUCUGCUUUUCAUUUUGUGCAACUCGAGGAAAAGAGCCACACAUUUCCGUGUUAUUUAAUUGCCUUUUCCCCCUUUCUUCGACAUCAUUGCAUUAGCAGCAUGGGUGAACAAUAAUGGAAGAGGUGAUUUUUUCUUCUUCUUAUAAAUAUGAAGUGGAUUUUCCAGAUGAUUUACAUUACUACAAUACAUUUUUGUACUCUAUGCUUACAAAAGGUUACAAUAGCUGGAUUAUUAUUAUUAUUGUAGGGGCAGAUCAUUUCGGUUCCCCGUACAGACUGCAGCAGGCUGUGUUUACGUACAGGAGUUGCAUAUAAUAUAAGACAUUGCAGUGCGAGCUUGGAUUUAAUCGGUGCGUUUUGUUUGAACAUUUCGUGCAUAUUGUCUUUGAAUACGAGAUGAAUUGCAUCACACUGUGCGAACACAAUUUUAUUAACAUAAAUUCAUGCAUUACGCUCUUUUUCUAUCCAUGUAUAAUUCCCCAAUGUUGGGCUUUAAAAACAUGGUGUCGGGACCACAAGUACGAAACCGAUAGAACCGAGCCAUACGAGAUUUGAUGCUGAGUGUAAGUAUUUGUGACAAAGAUUUACAACCGGUGCAGGCCAAUUGUCACAAGCUAUCAAUGUUCACUUCUAAAUUCCUGGGGCUCGUUUGUAUCUGCGAGCCUCAGGACUGGUUAGCUAGGAGUGUGGGGCCACGGACAAAUCGUUUGUGACACCAUUAGCACAGCACUCAAUUGCCAGCACCUUUUAUUUUGUGUGUGUGUCGGGGGGAGAGGGAGAUUAUUUUGCUUUGGGCUGGUUUCAGUGUUUUCCUGUGUGAUGUAUCACAUUAAAAGAAGUCACAGUAUCACAGAGAGGACAAAUUGGCAGCAGGUGUCAUCAACUUUCGAGUAUUUAUGAACCGAUUAUCGCGUUGUGACGGGUGUUUAUCACGUACGAGCUCCACUUGGACUCUUUGCUUGCUGCCACUUGAAGAUAGUUUCCCACUCAGGUUUUCUUAUAGAACAUGAUCAGGUGGGUUUAGUCUCUGGAAGGCCCACGACCCGGCCCACCACAAAACAGGGUCUUAAGUUAGCUGAUAAGGAUGCUAAAUGUCUUCUUAGAAAACUCAAAGGCCUGAAUACCAUCCGAUCCAAGAAUCUGCUGCUUCUUCUUUCGACUUUGAUGUCUCCCUCACAGUGCUCAAGCAACACUGGCCUCGCCACCACCUCUAUUGUGUUAGAAAAAAGAAGAAGAAGAAAGAGUAGCCUUUAGGCAGACCACCCAAAAUAAAUAAGAGGAGCAGAGAGGACACUUUGUUCUCUGAGGAAACAUGACUGAAUGUGUGACACAAAGCUUGGUGACAAAGGAAAUGGUACGCUGUUCACUGGGAGACCUACAUAGAUGGAUAUGUGGACAAAUGAGAGAGCUCUGCAGUCUGGCUGUCAUCUCACAGCCCUUUGAAUAUUUAGUUUGCUCCUUUUUUCUUUUGCAACAUGUCCCGAGGCUCAGAGAGAUAAGCUUGUCCGAGUUAUAAGAUCUGGGAGUGAACAUUGCAGCUCCUCUCCUGAAGCCCUGUCAUCAUCGCCACUGUUCGCCCGGCGACAGUGUGCUUUUGACUUUGUUGUCCCGCUCUGAAUCCCAAAACUAAACGAUGGAAAAUCUAAUUUUCCCACAAGUCAAACAUGGUUUAGGCCUUCUGAACAAAUGCAUCCCCGUGACACCUGUCUCUGUGAACUUAAACAUUCAUUUUCACACAUGAUGUAGUCAAGGACGACGGUGUAUCCAGAACUGAAGUUGAGAGCAGAGUGAGUGUCCCCAAACAAACAGAGAAAAAACAUGUCGAACAUGACCGCAGUAUUGACUUAGAGGUUACGCCACUCUGCCCUCCUCUUCCUCAUCACAUCCUGUCACAUUAACCACCUUGGACAAUAGGGUGCAUAAUUUAGAAAAUUCACCCUGGAUUAGAAAUGAUUGAGGCCUGACCUUAUCCAGGUGGGAUCUACCAAGCUUUUACACGGGGAUCCACAGGUGUCUGUAUAUUGAUUGUUAUGUCAAGUGGAAGGCCCAUGGGGCCGUCUCGUAGCUCCGCUCCAAUAACAAUCACAAGGAGCAGGUGACAUGCCACACAGAUGCUUGCAUCCCAGAACCAGCCAAACAAGUUAAUUAUGUCUCCAACAGCUCCAUCUACAUCCUGCUUGGAUCCCUCAUAUGUGUCCGCGGAACAAUCUGUCUGAUUAUUAUCAUCAUGCUUGUCUGGAUUGUCUUGCAGCAUACUGACCAUUUUAAUACGAUACACGAAGGAAUACGACGAACAUUACCAGUAAAAAGCUUGUGAAAACUAACCAUCACUUUUGCAUGUGUAAUUCCUGUGAUGCUGCAUCGACUAUUAACAUCACAACAAGUCAUUUUGUACAAUUUAUUGUGACAGAAAUCUGCCUACAUUUUUACUGAAUUGUUGCACAUGACACCUUGAAGCAUGUUAUAAUAAUAUUGUCAAGAAGGUAUUUAAAGGAUAAAAAAAAAAUACAAAAUAUAAAGACUUGUUAAGAUGACUAGUGUUGCUGUGUUGGAGUCAAACAUCGAGCUGAUUCUUU